AUGGAGACAGCAACUUCUUCCCCUUUGUCUACUCAAUCGAGAAGUAAUAGCGAAAAUUCUGGAUCUACUACGAUUAUACCGCAUAUGAACCCCUCCUUGGCAACACCGUUAACUGUAUCAACUGUAGUGCAUCAUUCAAAUUCUAAAGAAUUUAUGAAGUUAACUCCAGUUCAUAUUAGAGAUUUUGGCUCUCCUUUGAAAAAAGUGUCCACUAAUCACCAUUUUUUGGAUUCAGAAAAUGGCAAAUGUAACACGAUGGAUAAUAUGUAUAAGGAAAAUUUCAAUCUCAUUUCAAAGGAGUUGGAAAAACUGCUGGAGAACCUUAAUGUAAUAUAUCAAAAUAUUGGAUACUCUAACACGGAAAUUAUCAACAAGGAAAAACAAAUAUUCACCACUAUAUCUGAUUCUAUUAAACAAUUUUUUGAGCAUGCCGACGAAGAAUUAAAAAGACUAUCUGCAGAAAAUGGAGUGGAACAAGAUAUUUUAAAUAAUAUUCUGGAGAGGAUAAAUGACCCAAGUGGCAUAAAAACCAUCCCUGAUUUAUACAUUAGAAAUGCUAUUCUAUUACAAGAGAGUAAAACUGUACCUCAAUCACCUAAAAAGCCACUUUCCUUAUUAAGCAAAAAAGCAGCAUUAGAUACUGCGAAAAGCUUCGUCUUAAAGAGCUUUUUACCCCAACUUCAUAACUAUUUGAAGUCUUUAAUUACUUUAAAACAACUCAUACAGUCUGUAAAAGAAGAUCUUCCAGGAUUGACAGAAGCGGAUAUUGAGGCUAUCACUGCAUUUCCCGAAUUAGACAUAUUAACAGCAUAUUUGACUCAAAUAGAAAAUAGCAAAGACAAUAUUGACUUGUCCAUGAAAUUUAUCAUAGAUAAUAAAAUGUAUAUUUUACAAGGAUCCGCAUUUAAAACCAUUAACAAAGAAUCUGUGGAACACAUGAAUGAGGUCAUAAAAAUUUACAAGGCAGAAUACGAGCAGAGGUUCAAAAGCAUACUCAGAAAAAAGAAUACUAUUUUAUCCAUAUCUGAACAACUUGAAACUCCCCUCUCACCAUUAAUUAACGAAAAUUUUGAACAAGAUUUGAGAUCAUACGGAGAAGGGAAAAACCUCACUUCUGAAGUACCAGAGUUUCACCCAGUAGACAGAGAAAGAAUAUGCAAGAUUGAUACUGCAUUAGAAAAGAUACAAGCUAUCCACAAUGAGAGAGAAAAUAAGAAAAAAAUCUUGAUGGAACAAUGCAAAAAACUUUGGACAAGACUAAAAAUUCCUCAGGAAUACACCAAAACGUUCAUGCGCAAUAACUCAGACUUAUCUAUCGAGACCUUGGAUAGAAUAUCUAACGAGCUAUCACGACUUGAAGUAAUGAAAAAAAAAUUAAUCAAGAAACUUAUAUCAGACUCUUGGGACAAAAUUAAGGAAUUGUGGGACACACUACAAUAUUCAGAAGCAAGCCGGUCUAAAUUCAUCAUUCUAUUUGAUGAACUAAGAAGAAAUGCAACAACUUUACAGGAUGAUGAGCUUUUGCUAGAAACUUGCGAAAGCCAACUGAAAAAACUGGGGGACAGACUGAUAAUUUAUAAACCAAUCCUGAAACUAAUAUCAGACUUUGAAUCCUUACAAAAAGAUCAAGAAUUUUUGGAAAGAAGCUCGAAAGACUCUUCUAGACUUCUUUCAAGAAAUUCUCACAAGAUUUUACUAACUGAAGAGAAAAUGAGGAAGAGGAUAACAAGACACUUUCCUCGCGUCAUCAAUGAUUUAAGACUUAAAUUGGAAGAGGCCGAUGGAUUAUUCGAUCAACCAUUUUUGCAUAAGGGUAGGCCACUUUCAGAAGCGAUUGACAUCCAGCAACAAGAGAUAGAAGCAAAGUAUCCAAGAUGCAGAGUUAGAAUGCAGAGAUCAAAAAAAGGAACAAGUAAGGUGUGUAAGGAAAACAAAGUGACAAAAAAAUCUUUCAAGGACACUCAAAGUUCUAUCAGGGCACCGAUUAGCCUAUAUUUAAGUGAUUUUAACAUGACUCAUAAAACGCCCUCAAAAAGUUCGGCGAAGAACUUACCCAAGAAUGGAACAUCUCGAGAGAAUUCGCUUACUCGACAUAUGCAAGGAACAACGAGGUUGUCCAGUCCUAAAAGAAGAGAUACAAGGUUACUACCGCCCACAGUAAUAUCCAGAAAUUCCAAAAGGAAUAUAGAGACGCAUACUUUGAACAAAGACAGGCCAUCCGAUUUUUCAUCUUCACCCAUGCUAAACUAUACACAAAGCGGAUAUCCAGUGAAACCACGCCAAUUGUUCCCAAUCCCACUGAAUAAAGUAGGGACAAAGGGUAGCCAUAUUCCUCAAUUAAACAAAGAAAAAGCUUUAGAGCUUGUUAAAAGGUCGGCUUCCAGCAUUGAUAAAGAGAAUAUACGGAGCCCGGAACGGAAAAGUACAUUAGAGCAUUACACACAAAAACUGAACAGUCCCUAUAAAGAGCCUGAACACAGCGUAUACAAACUUUCCAUGUCACCAGAAGGUAAAUUUCAAUUAAACAUUCAACAGAAAGAUCUUGAGAGUGGAUUCGAUGAUACCAGUAUGAUGGAAGAUGAAAAUGAUAAGGAUUUUAUCACAUGGAAAAACGAGCAAGUAUCAAAAUUGAACAGCUUCUCUUUUACGGAUAUCUAA